GAGCGGUUCGAACAUUACCAAACCUCACUUGAUGUAUCAAUGACUCAUGAUCGAACUUUGAAUCCAACCAUUGUUACAUCUUUGAACUUGUUGAACUGGGAAAGGGCCUCAUGCUGAGGCUGAGGCACUGACCUUGCCCGGAUCCACAAUCCCAUUUGAAGUGCACCAUAAUCUCCCUAUGUUCUAACGUUGACCUUCCAAGCACCAAGAUGGAAACUUACGCUGAACCCUUGAGCAAAGCUACAACUUUGGCCACGCUGUCUGAACUGCUCGAUUCUAUUGAGAAGUCGAGUAGUGUGCUUCGUGAAUCGCUCCAGAAUCAACUCGCUGCUGGGACUAAUGACAGUACUUACUCCGAGAGUACUGCUACAGCUCUCAACCUUCGAUUCCAUGCCGACGCGCAUGUCGCCCUUCAUGCGUCGAAAUUGCGACUUGCAUGCGAACGUUUAGCACAUCUUGCAACACCACCUCGCCAUCUUGUAUUCGAAGCAGCCGGAUCAUUUUACCUUACUACGGCUCUCGACAUCAUAGUGAAGUCGGAUAUUGCUACGAUCAUUGAAAAAAUUUCCAACAAAGCUGGAUCCGCAGGAGUACCAGUGGACUUUCUAGCGCAGGAAAGCAAGUUGGACGCGGAUUUGCUAACGCGCUUGAUGCGUCACUUGGCCGUUGCAGGAAUAUUUGAGGAAGUCACCCUCAACACGUUCGCAAAUACGACUCCUAGCUCGACGCUGAUUAACAACCCCGAGUUCAGAGCACACCUUGAUCUUGUUAUGCACGAAGGCCGGGCUGCGAUCCCUUUCUUCCCGGAACUAGUCUCAAAGCGUUUCUCGGAACCUGUGCCUCCACCAUCUGCCUUUUCCCUUUACUCGGAUGGGCAGCUGUUCUAUGACUGGCUCCAUUCGCCUGCGCAAGCUGAUCGGUUAUCAAACUUCAAUAUCGCAAUGCGUGGUAUGGCUCAUACCGAAGGACUUGGAUUUCUGUCUGACGACUAUCCAUUUCACCGCCUCCCAACUGACAGACUCAUCGUCGAUAUCGGAGGUGGAAUCGGCUCCUUACCCACCAUCCUCCUUCCGGCCCUUCCUAACCAUAGGUUCGUCGUUCAGGAUCUCGCACCUGUUGUGAGUCAGGCUACAGAAGGUGCAAGUCCGGUUAUGAAACGUUGGAUGGAUCAAGGCAAAGUUCGCUUCUCCUUUCAGGAUUGCUUUACGCCUCAACCUCCCGAGUUUAGGGGUGCGGUGUUUAUUCUCAAAAAUAUGAUACACAACUAUCCGGAUCCCAAGGCCCUGGACAUCCUUCGUAACUUACGAAAUACAAAUCCACACAGGCUCCUCGUGAUCGACCGCCUUGUGAUCCCCCAGCUCAAAGUGACCGAUUCGCAAGCCCGUGGGUUGCUUGCGGAUGUUGCAUGUUCACAACGUGCAGCAACAUUUUACGAUCUUGUUAUGGCGUCUUUGCAUGGCGGAAAGAAUCGGACUCUCGAGGACUGGCGAAAGCUCCUUGCACGAGGUGGCUUCCACUUAGAAAGGAUCUAUCCCUUGCGGGCAUCAACAGGUCAAGCUGUAAUUGAAGCAACCUGUAACUAAUCUCACUUCCCGUCUGUCUCAAAGUACUAGACAGUAUAUAUAUCAAUUUUUUCCUCCUCUGCUGGCCACAGAAAUAUCUACCAUUUUCCAAUAUUAUGGGGCUGUAGUUUAUGAAUGACUGUAUAUAUGGUACUCAUUCGUAUCAAUUAGGGUGCGAUGAAAAUAUCAAGGAGAUGUCAAUGGUUGUUCACGUAUGUUUAGGCCGAUGUUACGAGUCCGAAAUGUAAUGAAGGAUUCGUCUUAUAGUGGGUUCCA